GCUGCCGCUUCCUGUCUCUCACGCAGCCGAGCGAUGCAGAAACACCCCCCCCCCCAGCAGAGGCUUCAUCCGCUGCGCGAUGGCGAGCCGGUGAGCGGCGGCGGCUCCGGACGGCGAGCUGGACGAGCGAGUGACCCACAGGACGCCGUCCCCCAUGUCUGCCACGCCGCCCUCCAGCCCCACCGGCGCCGUGCCGGCGGUGGCGGCGGCGGCGCUGGUGCACUUCCAGCUGGGCCUCUUCAGGGAGCCGGUUCGAGUCCCGGCGGCGAACCUGAGCUACGGCCACGCCCUGCGGCUGGCUGCCGAGGCCAUCAAGCGCAAGGCUCCGGAGUGCACGGUGGUGGGCGCCGGGGAGAAGAUCCUGCUGUUCAGACACCGGGCCGGCGCCGAGCAGCAGCAGCUGCAGCGCCUGACGCCCGGCGACCAGCUGCAGGACGGAGACCUCAUCGAGAUCAUCAUCGCAGCGUCCGCCACGGUGACGGAGAUGAGGGUCCGCCCUCACAGCCUGGUGGUCCACUCCUACCGGACCCCCACCUUCUGCCACCACUGCGGGGAGAUGCUGUGGGGGCUGGUUCGGCAGGGCCUGAAGUGCGACGGUUGCGGGUUGGACUUCCAUAAGCGCUGCGCCUUCCAGCUGCCCGCCGACUGCAGCCGGGCGCGGCGGCAGGUCAGCGCCAGCCUGUCGCUGUUCCCGCCCCGACGGCCGCCCACGCACUCCCUGUCCAACCAGGCCGGAGGCAGCCUGGAGGAGAUCAGCAUGUCCAAGCCGCCCUCCCGGCCCCCGUCCUGGGCCGAGCCCCCCGUCUGGCUCCGGGUGGGCGGCAGCGGCGAGCGGAGCGGCGCCCAGGUGCCUCACACCUUCCACAUCCACAGCUACACCCGGCCCACCGUGUGCCAGCACUGCCACCGGCUGCUCAAGGGCCUCUUCCGGCAGGGCCUGCAGUGCUCAGACUGCAGGUUUAACUGCCACCGGCGCUGCGAGUACCUGGUCCCCAGAGACUGCCCCGGAGAGAAGAGGGGCACCAACGGAGAAGAAUCCCCGGUGCCUGGUUUCAGCUUCCCGCCGGACUCGGAGGACACUGAAUCGGUGCUCACGGGUUACACGGACAUGUCCGACGACGACAUGUCCACCGACGGGGACUCGCUGGCCGAGACCGGGGAGGCGGAGCCGCAGCGAGAGCCAAUGAGUCCGUGUUUCAGCAGCAACAUCCCGCUGAUGAGGCUGGUGCAGUCGGUGCAUCACACCAAGAGGCGAGGCGGGGGAGUCCUGAGGGAGGGAUGGCUGCUGCACCACACCGACACCGACACCCUGAGGAAAAACCAUUACUGGAUCUUGGACUGGAAGAGCAUCACUCUGUACCAGAACGACAGCAGCACCAAAUACUACAAGGAGAUCGUCCUAUCCGAGGUGCUGUGCGUGAGAGGCCCCGCCCACCUCUCCGUGCCCUCGUUGCCGGGGAAACAGCCUCACUCCUUCGAGGUGGUGACGUCGUCGCUGGUGUACUGCGUGGAGGCGGGAGAGGAGGGGCCCGCGUGGGAGAGCGCCAUCCGGCAGGCGCUGAUGCCGGUGGAGAGCCGCGAGGAGCGCGUGGAGGACAGACAGGAUGAACACCAGCACAGCGACAGCGUGGACAUCGGCUCGGCGUACCAGAUCUUCACGGACGAGGUGCUCGGUUCAGGACAGUUUGGAGUCGUGUAUAAAGGCACUCACAGGAAGUCGGGCUGCCCAGUCGCCAUCAAGGUCAUCGACAAGACUCGCUUCCCCACCAAGCAGGAGCGGAGGCUGAGGAACGAAGUGGCCAUCUUGCAGAGCUUGUCCCACCUGGGCGUGGUGCUGCUGGAGGCCAUGUUCGAAACGGCGGUGCACGUGUUCGUGGUGAUGGAGAAGCUGCACGGAGACAUGCUGGAGAUGAUCCUGUCCAGCGAGCGAGGACGACUCCCCGAGCGCAUCACCCGCUUCCUGGUCAUGCAGAUCCUCGAGGCCCUGCGCUACCUGCACCUGAAGCACAUCGCCCACUGCGACCUGAAGCCGGAGAACGUGCUGCUGGCCUCCGCCGACCCCUUCCCCCAGGUCAAGCUGUGCGACUUCGGCUUCGCGCGCAUCAUCGGCGAGAAGUCGUUCCGCCGCUCGGUGGUGGGCACGCCGGCCUACCUGGCGCCCGAGGUGAUCAGCAGCAACGGCUACAACCGCUCGCUGGACAUGUGGUCGGUGGGCGUCAUCAUGUACGUGAGCCUGAGCGGGACGUUCCCCUUCAACGAGGACGAGGACAUCCGGCAGCAGAUCACCAACGCCGCCUUCAUGUACCCGCAGCAGCCCUGGGCCUCCAUCUCCCUGGAGGCUGUGGACCUCAUCAGGAACCUGCUGCAGGUGUCGGUGAGACGGCGGUUCACCGUGGGAAAAGCUCUGAACCACGACUGGCUGCAGGACUUCCUGCUGUGGUGCGACCUGAGGCGCUUCGAGCUCCGGAUGGGCUGCCGGUUUCUGACGCACCGCGGGGACGAGGAGCGCUGGGCUCGCCACGCUCAGGAGGCGGGGCUGGACUUCCCCGCCGAGCUCUGCUGGGACCCCGACAGCGAGCUGGACAUGUGACCCCCCGAGCCCAGAGGUCAAAGGAAGCCGCGCGGCCGGCGCCGCUCACCUUGUCCGAGGCCAGGAUCUUGAAGGAGGCCAUGACCUGCUCGGCGGUGUCGGUCUCGGCGGUCUCGCGGGUCAUGAAGUCGAUGAAGGCCUGGAAGGUCACCACGCC